AUGGAGCCAGACUCUAGCCAGGUACAGAUCCAGAUCCACGAGCUUGCCUCGCCUCUUGAGGAGCACAGAUUGGGCAUGAUGGAACUGAACUCAGAGAACAGGAGAGACCACAACGGAUUUGCUACAGCUGAGAUGUCAGAUGUUGACAAGGGCUGCUUUACUACAGGGCCGCUUCGCUAUGCAGUUGACACGGCAUGGGACCCCAGGACAAGAAUACUAAGAGAAUCAGUGCAGGAUCCUGCAAUCGCCCAGAAGUUCGAGAUUGUCGCUGAAGACUCCCUCGUCCGCACUCGCAUCAGUAGCUGGAAACCAAUUGUCAACAAUGAACAACAGCUCAGGGGGAUCGGCGCCACUUUCUCGACUCUCAAAUUCCUGCCCACCUUCUCCGCCACCUCUUCGAACGCCUGUGCCACCACCAGAAUCGCCUACGGCGUCGUUGCCAGUCAUAUGGCAUCUGGCGCCGAUGCUUCGACAUCAUCCUCACAAGAUCCUUCGUUCGCCAUCUUUCGCCAGAUCAAGAGACACAUCAAAUACGCCCCACGAGACUCAAGGGACCAUUUGACCGAGACAAUCCUGAAGACCUGCUUCACAGCAGCAUGGGACGACCUCUUCGACGAUGUCUUCACCAUAGAGAAGAAGACCAAGGUGCUCGGUGAGCUGUCUGCAAAACCCUCCCUUCCUCAAGGCCUCGUUGACAGAGCGACCGAAAUUGUCAAGACACCAAACCCCAAUACCUCAAACUUUCACAAGCACAACCUGACAACAACGCUCAAAACUCCGCUUCUAACCACAGAGGACGAGGAGGAGUUGCCAGAGGAAGACGAGGAGGAGAUCGCAGAUCUGUUGGAGCGAGAAGAAGAAGUCAGGUCUACCGAGAGACUAAAGACUGUAACGGUCUCGUUGAAGGAUAUUAUUCGGAAAGAGUUGGUGGCUUCCAUAGUGGAUCAUGACCCCGACAAGCCAGGGUUGAAGGUCUCGGCGGCGGACAAGUUGGUCGACAUUUUACUGGAGAAACAGGGCACUCUCACAAACGCGACCGACGAGCUCGCGUGCAUUGCAAGGAAGACGUCACUACUACUAGCACAGAAUGCACUCACGAUGCCUGGAUCGAGUCGAGAAACUAGUUCGAGUCGUGCCCCCCAACAGCAUCCCCCAGUAUACGACAUCCGGACCGACCUCAUCCCUUCUUCCUUUAUCGCUCGCAACGAUACCCCAUCGUCUCUUACCCUCGCUCCCCUCCCGACACAUCUAGAGGAGUACAUCAACACCACCCCCAGCGGAACCGACCGACAAUGGACGUCCGAUCUACCACACUUGUUCUCGUACCAUCACCUCGGAUUCCUGAACAGCAAGUUCUUCAGCCCGCAAGGAAUCAACACAGACUCCGAGACGAAACACCCAUUGUGGAGUCAAUUGGCUGCGCAUAUUCAGGCCCUUCGACUUGAGGCACUCAAGGCUACUUGGAGACCAGGGGAUGAACAUCCAAUGGCAGGCCUGUCAACGGUGUUUUGCGACUACAGGAUCGAACUAUCAACAAACAUUAAGAAUAUUUGGGACGGACCUCUGUAUGCGAAAGCGUUGGAUUUCUUACUGAGAUUCACCUUGAGAUUCCAACUGGCUCCUAACCGUGAGCUGAAGUAUAAUACAAAGGUGAAGGAUUUGGCCUCCAGGAAGAUGCAACAAAAACAGAGCGACAGGACACGAUCAAUAAGCUACAAGGCAUGGAAGGAUAAGGCAAAACGCCUGCAGGAUGAGUUGGGUGGCGCUCGCGAGGCAGGACUUGGUGGUAUCGAUCCGGUCAUGGAAGCGGGAAUGAUGUUGGAGGUCAUGGAAGAUGCACUGGAUGAGGUUGAUGAGGAGGCAGAAACUGAAGAGAACCAAGCUCAGGAGAACCAGGCCCAAAAGGAUGUAUCAGAUAAACAUAUUGGGGUUAUCCAGUUGCCACACACUCCUCAAGCCAAGGAACCAUCUAGGUUUCAUCUAAAGUCUAUCCAAGCCAUCACCAAGAUCCUAUUGGAGUCGCCAAAUCUCGACGUAUCACAACUGAAUGCGUCCUGGGUCCGGCGCACUGCCUACAAGCCUGAGGAUAUGACAGGUGACCAAUGUUACAAAGUCGUCAGGCUCGUCAAGGCUCUCCAUCCAUACACCCCAAAACGAGUUCCAAAGAGCUCUGGAGGGGGAACUUCGCUUCCGACCGCCAACGCCGCCGCCAUGAUCCGCAUUGUAUUGUUGUCCAACCAUGUACUCAGAUAUACAGGGUACACCGAGUUUACCAGGAGAUUUGCACCGGCACUAUCAGUCGCAUCAUUACAUCCUGUACCACUUGGAGCGGCCGGCAUUUAUGAUACUCUUUGUUGGAAGGCGGCAAACAAUUUCGACAUCUACGACCUAGACAGGCAGCCUAUCUCAUCCGUCGUAACCGCAACAAAACACAAGGACGCCGUCUUCUCUAACUUUUUCGACCUCGAUGCCAUCAACGCGAUGUGCCAAAAUUACAAACUUCGCUUCAGACAACGUCUGACAUUUGUGAAUCGCUAUACCAUUCGAAUUCUUGGUGAAGUGAUACCUGAGGGAGUGGACCGCGGUGAAGGGGUUCCCGUCGUCAGUGUGUGGGACGAGUCCAGAAAGGAUAAGACGCAGAAACGUACAGGCAUUGAUUGGUCAAGAGAAGGAGCUCGAACAGGAAUAACACAACAAAUGGCCCAGGAGCGGCUGGUGACGAUGAACAACGAGAUCAAGGACGUUGAAACGGGCCAAAAAGCCAAGCGGGACGCAUGGGUUGCAGCGGACAAAGAUCGACAUGAAGCAGUAGUGUACCAACGCCAGAUUAAACAGCUCUCCUCUCAGCAUCCAGGAUCGACAACGAAGGCGAACGACUCAAAGGCACGAAGACCGGAUCAGGAACAAGAUGCGUAUCGGGAACUUCAAGCGGCGCAGAUGAUCUCCGACGCUGCGUUUUUGAAUUGGAUUCAGAAGGACGACGAGCUUCGGUCAAUGAAGGCUACCCGAUACGCGCUACAAAGGAUUCAGAAGACACGACCCAACUACGACCCCCCCUCGAACAAGAAGCCGCUCAUGGUAGACCCUACAUGGACGAGGCCCGCCGUCGAAGCCAAGACGGAGAAUCUUCACAUCGAUUGCCUCUUUGGUGCAGUAUUGGCUGAUCCCUCCAAGGCCAUCGGAUUCGACGGUGAUGAUCCAGGACUUUGCAAACUCGAUACCUCGGCUACAACAACGCUGACAGAAGUUACCCAAUCAGUCAGGCAAUACUCGGUUCUCACAGGAAAUCCAUUCGCCUUACUCGCGGAGGUAGACAUGUUGGAGGAGAAGAAGUCCAAGGAAGAAUAG